GUGGAGGGGCGGCCGGAAGUCGCCCGAAUUCCAGUCAGACUGACCGGCUGACAGGCAUUGACAGGAACGGAGCUGCGGGAAGUUGGUGGCCAUGGAGUUGGGCGAGCUGCUUUACAACAAGUCCGAGUACAUUGAGACGGCAUCUGGAAACAAAGUUAGUCGCCAGUCGGUAUUGUGCGGAAGUCAGAACAUCGUUCUCAAUGGCAAGACCAUUGUGAUGAAUGACUGUAUUAUCCGAGGGGAUCUGGCAAAUGUAAGAGUUGGACGUCAUUGUGUUGUGAAAAGUCGGAGUGUCAUAAGGCCACCAUUCAAGAAAUUCAGCAAAGGCGUUGCAUUCUUUCCUUUACAUAUCGGGGACCAUGUCUUUAUUGAGGAAGAUUGUGUGGUCAACGCAGCUCAGAUUGGCUCAUACGUUCACGUUGGCAAGAACUGUGUGAUUGGGCGCCGAUGUGUGUUGAAAGACUGCUGCAAAAUUCUUGACAACACAGUAUUACCCCCAGAAACUGUGGUGCCACCAUUCACCAUCUUCUCAGGCUGCCCAGGACUAUUUUCAGGGGAGCUCCCAGAAUGUACCCAGGAGCUGAUGAUUGACGUCACCAAGAGCUACUACCAGAAGUUUUUGCCCUUGACACAGGUCUAAUGUCUCUGCCUCAUGUCUCAAAUUCAUGUGAGCUCUAAGAUGAACUUGAGGACAAAGUGAGCCAGCCAGCAUCUACAAAGAGCUCUUGUGUCUUUGAUACCUUUCACCUUCUUUUUCUGU